CAUAAACAAAUGUUAAAUUAAGGGAGAGCUCUUUGGUAUGCUCUAAAAGUAGAGGAUUAUGAUUUGGUUGAGUUUCUAAUCAAUUAAAAGACUGAUGUCAGAUAAACAUACGAAUUUGAACCAAAACGAUAUUUAUCUACAGCUAGUGUAUAUUUAAUGUAAAAUAAUAAUAAUAGUUGUUAACGCUACGUGUUUGUUAGGCUCGUUCUAAAGGAUUGAAUAAUCAUCAUUACAAAAGAAUGUAUUAAUUGCUUGAUGAUUUUUUGUAAUAUGCAGAGGAAUGUGAUAUUCGAUGUCAUUGUUCAAAAAACUACGAACAUAGAUGUCCACUCUAUAUAGCAUUGAAGACUUUAGGAGUUAAAAAAGAAGAAGAUUUAUUUAAUAAGAAAAAUGAUGUUGUGAAGGCUUUACUCCUUAAAGGAGCUAAUUUAAAGAUGUUUUAAGGAUAAAGUUCAAUAAUUGAUGUGGAAGGAUAUAGAUAAUAUUUAAUCUAAAGAAUUUAAUUCUAAAAAACAAGUGGAUUCAAGUAAACAUAAGAUGGAUAUGCUACUUUUAGUCAAUGA